AUGGGGAUCACUUGUGCCUUCUUGUCAUUUAAUCGCCUUCCUCUAUGCCAUUUCAUCAAAUAUGCAUACAUAGCAAAGAAACUCCGUCCGUAUGGCGAGGUGGGAAAACAUUGGCUGGCAGCGGGUGUAUAUAUGUAUGUAUGUAUACGUAUAUGCAGCUUCCAUUUGGUUUGUCAUCUUUUUUUUUUUUUUCUUGCUGCUGUUGUUGUUGUGGUGGUGGUUGCUUGGUUUUCUCUGUUCUCUCCCCUCUCUCUUUUUUUUUUCUUUUUUUUACUUGGCUUUUCAUUCAUACACGGCACUUGCAUUUACUUUUUUUUUUUUUUUUCCAUUUGGGUUUGGAAAGCAAUGCGGCACUGGACAGCAUUCAGGCGGCCACUGGGGUCUCUGCAAAAGGCGCCGUUUUUACAGCAGCGGCGCAUGUCUUCGGAGAUGCCGACGGAGCAGGAGCUGCGAAACGCGUACGCAGCGCUGGGUGUCGCCACCUCAACCCCAUUCCACGAUGUGAAGAAGCGGUACGUGGAGCUUGCAAAGCAACACCACCCGGAUGUAAAUGGUGGCAAUGAACACAACGCAUCCUCCCGCAUGGUGAACAUCAACAACGCUUACGCGACACUUAGUCGCUUUCAUAAGGCAGGAGGCGUCCUGCCGAAUAUUUCCCAGUCAUCAUCCCGUGACAACGGUCAGUCGUACUACACGGCACAGGAUGAGCCGUAUCAACCCUGGCACGAGGACCUCAACCCGCUCAUAUACGAAAUGAUGUGGGAUGAAAUGCGCCGUCAGGCUAAUAGCGAGGCUUUUGCGCGCGCCGCUGCGGCUUCUCCUGCUGCUACUGGUGGUGGUGGUGGUGGCCAGGAAAACAGACGGCGACAGAACCACCAGCAGCAACAUCGCCGACAAGGGAGUGAGACGCCAAGAGAUGUCACCCCAAAGGCGCAUGGAGACAACAGCCGUCGGAAACCCAAUAAUGGGAAUUACCGAAAGACAACGACGUGGCCUGAUGCUGACUUACAGGCAAUGGUGAACAUGUACCAGGAUGGAAAGAGCUUUGAAUUUAUCGCGAAUGCUUUAGGAAAGCAGACGGUUGAAGUUGUCUCCGAGUUUAACCGCUGGAGCGAGGACAAAAAGCGAUCCAUGCGCCCGGCGCAACGGAGACAACGAGGAUACUAUUACGCGGAGUCUCCUGAUAUUGAGUUUGCGGAUUUUGAUGAUUUCAAUGAUCCCUUUGCUUACGGCAUUGGGGAUGAGUGUGAUUACGUAGACACGGAAGACGUAUUCUUUGACGGUGGAGCCAUGCCUUUCUCCGGUGGACACUAUAUGAGCGGUCACCGUCCGCGGCGCGGUGGCGGCGGUGGUAGCGGAAGACGUGGAUCGAAUCAUCGUCCGCGGUAA